GAUCUGUCCAAGAUUCUGCUGCGUGGCAGCUGUGGUCCUGCAGCUGUGCCAUGCGGCAGGUUCCGAGACCAGACGCCAUCAGAUGGUGAUAUCAUCCUCUGGUAUGAGCGAUGUGGAUGCUGUGCAACAAGUGGUGAUGCGGCGGGAGGCUGGCGCCAAGGCUCAUGACGUUGAUGCAGCUUUGGAGGAUGUGGACCUUUCAGCAGAUGCAGCCAAGUUUGAUGUCCGUUUCGGCAUCAAAGACGAUAACAAAGCUCGAAAGCAAAAUGAUUGCACAGGCCUCAAGGAAGCCAGCGAAUGCACUCGCAGCGAAGUGCAGCAGAGUGCUGCGGCCUGCGAGAGCCACAAGGCCCCGAGAGGACCCCAGUUCUAUCGAUGUACGUGGAAGAAAUCUGAGCCGAAUCAUGGUGAUGAACCUGCCGUGCCAGCAGAAUGCUACUUGGACGAGAAGGCUGGACCUUGCAGCACAUGGGGAGACACUUCAUCUACGUCCGAGUAG